CGCGAGUGGGAGCCUGCUUCCGGCCACGUGGUACUGUUUACAACCAAUGGGAAGACUUCAUGUCACCCCCGCUUCCUCACCCUGGCAACGGGCGGGUGACUACUUCCGGUGCAGUGAGGGCUCGGGGCUGACGCGGGGUAAUUCCUCUUCUGCAAUUACUUUUGGAUGGAAGUAUGCCCCUUUCUCAAUAGAAGAUGGUAAUCUUGGAGAAUGACCAUGGAGAAGGGGAUGAGUUCUGGAGAAGGACUGCCUUCCAGAUCAUCUCAGGUUUCGGCUGGUAAAAUAACAGCCAAAGAGUUGGAAACAAAGCAGUCCUAUAAAGAGAAACGAGGAGGCUUUGUGCUGGUGCAUGCAGGUGCAGGUUAUCAUUCUGAAUCCAAAGCCAAGGAAUAUAAACAUGUAUGCAAACGAGCUUGUCAGAAGGCAAUUGAAAAGCUGCAGGCUGGUGCUCUUGCAACUGAUGCAGUGACUGCAGCACUGGUGGAACUUGAGGUGUACACACACAGUUACACUUCAUGGAGUUGCAUCCAGCCAAGUAUCCAUGUUCUUCUUGUGAAGAGGCAGAGAAAAUCACCUCUCCCAAGAAUUUCCACCUUCUGAACAAGGGAAAUGUGUCCUGAAGAGCUGUACGCAGAUGGGAGGCAACUUGUUUGCUUGUUCUGCUGCUAGAGCAUUGAUUUAAUUAGAAGACAGGCUGUGGGUGGCCAUGUGCAGACAAAGAAGCACCAGACAGAGCCCAUUUAGCCUGGGACAGUAAAAGAUUCUCCUUUUACAAAUGCAGGAAUGGGAUCUAAUCUAAAUCUGUUAGGUGAAAUUGAGUGUGAUGCCAGCAUAAUGGAUGGAAAAUCCUUAAAUUUUGGAGCAGUUGGAGCACUGAGUGGAAUCAAGAACCCAGUCUCAGUUGCGAACAGACUGUUAUGUGAAGGGCAGAAGGGCAAGCUCUCAGCUGGCAGAAUUCCUCCCUGCUUUUUAGUUGGUGAAGGAGCCUACAGAUGGGCAGUAGAUCAUGGAAUACCCUCCUGCCCUCCUAACAUCAUGACCACAAGAUUCAGUUUAGCUGCAUUUAAAAGAAACAAGAGGAAACUAGAGCUGGCAGAAAGGGUGGAAACAGAUUUUAUUCAACUAAAGAAAAGAAGACAAUCAAGUGAAAAGGAAAAUGACUCAGGCACUUUGGACACGGUGGGCGCUGUGGUUGUGGACCACGAAGGGAAUGUUGCUGCUGCUGUCUCCAGUGGAGGCUUGGCCUUGAAACAUCCGGGGAGAGUUGGGCAGGCUGCUCUUUAUGGAUGUGGCUGCUGGGCUGAAAAUACUGGAGCUCAUAAUCCCUACUCCACAGCUGUGAGUACCUCAGGAUGUGGAGAACAUCUUGUGCGCACCAUACUGGCUAGAGAAUGUUCACAUGCUUUACAAGCUGAAGAUGCUCACCAAGCCCUGUUGGAGACUAUGCAAAACAAGUUUAUCAGUUCACCUUUCCUCGCCAGUGAAGAUGGCGUGCUUGGAGGAGUGAUUGUUCUCCGUUCGUGCAGAUGUUCUGCUGAGCCUGACUCCUCCCAAAAUAAGCAGACACUUUUAGUGGAAUUUCUGUGGAGCCACACAACAGAGAGCAUGUGUGUUGGAUAUAUGUCAGCCCAGGAUGGGAAAGCCAAGACUCACAUUUCAAGACUCCCUCCUGGUGCGGUGGCAGGACAGUCCGUGGCAAUUGAAGGUGGAGUGUGCCGCCUGGAGAGCCCAGUGAACUGACCCUUCAGGCUGAGUGUGAAGUGUCUGAGAGGCAUUUCAGAACCUGAGCUUUUUGGGGUUUUUAAUUGAAGUUGGCUGUUUUAUCUUCCUUGUUUUAUAAUUCCUAUUGCAACUUCGUGCACUGCUCGAGACACAAGUGCUGCUGUAGUUAGCGCUUAGUGACACACGGGCCUUUGGCGGGUGAGCGGGACUGUGUGUGUGUGUGUGUGUGUGUGUGUGUGUGCGCGCGCGCGUGCGCGUUUGUGUGCAGUAUGUGUGUUUGCUUCUCCCUGGAUGAAAUAGAAACUCCUCAUUAUGUGACCAGGAAUGGUUAAAUCAUCUUUACAUAAUGUAUGCUUUAACUGUUUACAAGUAAAACCUAAAGUUGCAGGAAACAUUUUUUAUUUCAUCAAGAGAUACCAACUGUCACUGAUGUUAUGUGUCAGAACUGAAGAGUAAAUCUACAUGUUUAAAUGUUUGACAGUGGUAGCGCUUCAUUUAAUAACAGUAGUAAGUAAUAAGGUGUUUUUAUUUGUUAACCAGUUUAAGUGGAUCCUGUGGUAACUUAAACUGUUGUUCUCAUCCCUUAUAUGGGGCAUUUUUCUUUAACAAAGAAUGGUUUCAGUGAAACAACCUAGCGGAGAAUUAAUGUCAGAACCUUUUAAAAUAAUAGUCUGAUUGAUACAGUUUGUACUUCUUUCAUCUAGCUUUUCUAAGCUAAAAUGUUGCAUAACUUCGAGCUGUAUGGGCUAUAUUAUGAAAGAAUAUGUAAAGAGAACAUACAGUAAUGCACAGUCCUUAAUUUGUGUAUAAUGGAAUGUUAUUUACAAUAUAGCACUGUAAAUAAGAAAGCAAAGUUUAUGGGAAAAUUCAAUAUUAUCUUUGUUUUUGUUUAAAUAUAUUUUUAAGAUAAAGGCACAAAAAUAACCAUAUUACUGGGUAUAGUAUGUGACUCCUCUUCUCAAACUAAUAAAUUAUCUUUUGAAUCCCUGA